UACCUGGGCAAGCACCUUUUUAAAAUGUCGCGCGAAAUUGAUUGUCCAGUUCGGAAUAUGAAACUUGACGACAAAGAGUGUAUUUUAGUGCAAUUUAAAAACGAAAGGAAAAAGCCAGUUCAGGUUGCUUUCCAGGCCUGGCUGAAGAACAAAGACAAUGUUCAAAUUAAUAAUGAAGUAAUUAUAAAGUGGCCUAUAGAUGUUGAUGUUUUGUGUGCGAAAGCAAUGGAAAAAAAGCAAAAAACUAUGAAAGCAGAUCAAUGGCAAGAUCUAGUCGUUAAAAUUCUAGCUAUUGGAAAAUGGACAGACAUGGCCCAGCAAGCCAAAAAUAUUGAAAAGUUUGGUAUUGCUAAUCCAACAAGAGAACA